AAUCACACUACUUGCCUUUGUACAAGAAACGGUGUCUCCUGGGGCAAGGAAGGAGCCAGCAUGGCCUGGGCUCUGAAGCUGCCUCUGGCCGAUGAAGUGAUUGAAUCUGGGCUGGUGCAGGACUUUGAUGCUAGUCUGUCCGGGAUCGGCCAGGAACUGGGUGCUGGUGCCUAUAGCAUGAGUGAUGUCCUUGCAUUGCCCAUUUUUAAGCAAGAAGAGUCAAGUUUGCCCCCUGAUAAUGAGAAUAAAAUCCUGCCUUUUCAAUAUGUGCUCUGUGCUGCCACCUCUCCAGCAGUGAAACUCCAUGAUGAAACCCUGACGUAUCUCAAUCAAGGACAGUCUUAUGAAAUUCGUAUGCUAGACAAUAGGAAACUUGGAGAACUUCCAGAAAUUAAUGGCAAGUUGGUGAAGCUACUACAAUUUGCUGGCAGAGUGGAGAGUGAUAUCCCAAUGUCUGUUGGUAUAAUCGAUCCUAGAGCUAAUCCAACCCAACUGAAUACAGUGGAGUUCCUGUGGGACCCGGCAAAGAGGACAUCUGUGUUUAUUCAGGUACACUGCAUUAGCACAGAGUUCACUAUGAGGAAGCAUGGAGGAGAAAAGGGAGUGCCGUUCCGAGUACAAAUUGAUACCUUCAAGGAAAAUGAAAAUGGGGAAUAUACUGAGCACUUACACUCAGCCAGCUGCCAGAUCAAAGUCUUCAAGCCCAAAGGUGCAGACAGAAAGCAAAAAACAGAUCGGGAGAAAAUGGAGAAACGAACACCUCACGAAAAGGAGAAAUACCAGCCUUCCUAUGAGACAACUAUACUCACAGAGUGUUCUCCAUGGCCUGAGAUCACAUAUGUCAAUAAUUCCCCAUCACCUGGCUUCAACAGUUCUCAUAGCAGUUUUUCUCUUGGGGAAGGAAAUGGUUCACCAAACCACCAGCCAGAGCCACCCCCUCCAGUCACAGAUAACCUCUUGCCAACAACCACACCUCAGGAAGCUCAGCAGUGGUUGCAUCGAAAUCGUUUUUCUACGUUCACAAGGCUUUUUACAAACUUCUCAGGGGCAGAUUUAUUGAAACUAACUAGAGAUGAUGUGAUCCAAAUCUGUGGCCCUGCCGAUGGAAUCCGACUUUUUAAUGCAUUAAAAGGCCGGAUGGUGCGGCCCAGGCUAACCAUUUAUGUUUGUCAGGAGUCCUUGCACUUGAGGGAGCAGCAGCAGCAGCAGCAGAAGCGUGAGGAUGGAGACUCAAAUGGUACUUUCUUCGUGUACCACGCCAUCUAUCUAGAAGAACUGACAGCUGUUGAACUGACAGAAAAAAUUGCUCAGCUCUUCAGCAUUUCCCCUCGCCAGAUCAGCCAGAUCUACAAGCAGGGGCCAACAGGAAUCCAUGUGCUCAUUAGCGAUGAGAUGAUACAGAACUUUCAAGAAGAAGCCUGUUUUAUUCUGGACACAAUGAAAGCAGAAACCAGUGAUAGCUAUCAUAUCAUACUGAAGUAGGUGCCGGGCAUUCCGUCUUCAGUGCCCGCUGCCUCCUUCACCCCUUGGAAGCUUCCCUCUCAAAGGGAGUCGCUCACUAAUGGAGAUUGGAAGGUCUGCAGGAGGAACCUGACCCAUCUGACUGUGUGUGGGGGAGUCCAGGCCACGGAGGCAGAAUCCCAGCCAUCUGUUGGCCCAAGCUCUUGUGGCACACACAGAUUAUUGCCCAACAUGCAUUUCUGCAGCUGUGGUUUCUUAGUUAAAAUUUAUGGACCCUGUUGUCGUUGAAUAUCAUUAGAAACUCCACACCAUUUAGGGUGUUUGUAGGGUAUAAUGAUGAUGAGAAUUGUGUGAUGUUUCAAGGAAAGAUGUUAAAGUUUGUGAUAUGGAGCCAUGUAAUUUUUUUCUCAUAUAAAAAUGAACAUCUGUAUUCCUAAGACUAGAUCCUCAGUCUCUUUUGCAUCAUACAUACUGGCUUGUGCCACAGUCGGCCCCUGAAAACCUCACCAAAGAGGAGAAAUACAGAGAGGUAGAAUAGAAUUUUUCUUUUGGUCGCCCUGUAAUACCAAGACUGAUCGUAAUUUUAGCUAACAUUUACUGAGCAUUUACUUGUG